CAGAUUUCCUUCCUCUUCCUAUCUUUUUUAGCACUAUUAAUUCCAUUCUUCCGCGUAUAUAUAUACACCUUUCCAUACCUUCUUCUUCAUACGUACAUACAUAUUUUAGCAUCUGGGUUUGGGGCUUUUGUCUUGAAUUCCAUCAUCCUUUGUAGAUAUGGAAGAUCAGGCCGUUGUUCUUAACAAAGGAGAAGACAUCAUCGAUCUACCGCCGGGGUUUCGAUUCCACCCCACAGAUGAGGAGAUCAUAACUCAUUAUCUUACUCCCAAGGUAAUGAAUAACAGAUUCAGUGCAAGUGCUAUUGGUGAGGUUGAUUUGAACAAGUGUGAACCUUGGGAUUUACCCAAGAAAGCUAAGAUGGGUGAAAAAGAAUGGUAUUUCUUUUGCCUGAGAGAUAGGAAGUAUCCAACAGGGAUGAGGACAAACCGGGCGACGGAGGCCGGAUACUGGAAGGCCACCGGAAAAGAUAAAGAGAUCUUCAAGGGAAAAGGCUGCCUGGUUGGGAUGAAGAAGACUCUUGUCUUCUACAAAGGGAGAGCUCCAAAAGGGGAGAAAUCUAAUUGGGUCAUGCAUGAGUAUAGACUUGAGGGCAAAUUCUCUUACUACAAUCUCCCCAAGGGUGCAAAGGCAGACACCAGGCAGUGCAAAGUGGAACAAUUUUCUUCUAACCAGCCGUCUAUGGUAACUCUUUCCCAGGAUACUGGACUCAGUACUGAGAUUAACAACGAGAUUUCGUCUAGGAACGAAAUUGGAAGCAGCAAAACUUAUGAAGAAGACAUGGAAGAUUUGGAAUGUUUAUGGGACUACUAAUUUAAUGAUAUCAUCAUGAGUUCUUGAAAUUAAUUUCUGUGUAUUUUCUUAGGUUAAUUAUACGAAUUUAGAAAUUAAACAAUCUAGAAGUACUCCAUUAGGGUGAUUGAUUAAUGACUUUGGUUGAAAAGAUAUUGGAUUUCUGAUGAAAGUAUACUUGUACAGAUUCUUGGUGUAUCCAAAUCUUUGUUUUUUUCAGAUUAUUUAUUACACUAAUUAUUAUUGAUAGGGAGAAAAAAUAGAAAAGAUUUCCUUCCCUGUACUGUACAUUAAUUCCUUUUCAAGUUAGUGCAUUGAUUCCUUUGUUGUUCCUUAUUCCUUUUUCAUCUUCACCUUAAGUUUGAAUCAAUUGCAUGUGUUGAU